AGGAUAAGGUGAUAGAUAAGAAAUUCAUUCAACACAAUGGUAGAAUGAUCGUGACUUAUGUAUUAAAGUUGGACGUGGAUUAUACCCAAGCAUGAUGAUUUACCUAGUUUUUAUUACUGUAACAUUAAUUUCAUCAGCUGCAUGUGAAAAACUAUGUUUAUAUUGUGACCAUGUACCUAUUCCCCAGGAUUGUUCACGUGUUGUGGAAUGUGGAGCCCAUGAAGAUUGUUAUGUAGAAAAAUUUGUUACACCUGAUGGAUAUAAAUAUUAUUCUUUAGGAUGUCGGGAUAUCGAUAAAUGUUCUGGGGUAUCGGCAAUUGGUAAAAGGAGUUCCGGAAGCCUCGUGUUGAGGGACAAUUUUCCUGUAGAAGAAGCCAACGACAAUGGGGACACAUCCUUUUGCCGUGCCUGCUGUAAUGGAAAAGCUAUCUGUAAUGUUGACAAUUUGUGUGGUUCACCAGAACCAAACACAUACGGCGGUCAUAUUUGUUUCCAUUGUGCACAAGUGGAACAUCCAGGAAAAUGUAACCAGAUAACUUUAUGCGGCCAAGGUCAAUCUUGUAAAGUAGUCCAAUACAUCAACAGGUUUUCCAAGAGGCCGAAUUACAGUUCGGGAUGUGAAGAACGCGACGAGUGUAACUUACUAAAUGACAGCACAGAAUGUUGCGAUUCAGAUUUCUGUAAUGAUAAUCUACCUUGCAAAGUAAGACUGAACGAUAAUCCAGUUCUAAGUAUACCAUAUGUAAACCAAGAUCGAGAUGUGAAAUUUAACUGUACAUUUAGAAGUUCAACAUCUAGGAUAGACGUUGUGUACAAUGUGUCAUGGACUGUAGAUGGUCACCCUUUGAAGAACAGAAAUGGAAUUGAUGAAUUUACUGUAUUAAGUUCAUACGAGCACGUUGCUAUUUUAGAUGCAUACAAUCUUAAUGGAAACCUUAAUAAAAUGCUCCGGUGUAAAGUUGAACCACAGUGUAGUAUUGGUGAUCCAUUACCUGGAUCACACAGUAAUGGUUACUGGGUAGGAAUAAAGAUAUCCCCACAAAGAAUAUCUCAUACAGUAGAACAGAAUAUAACACUGGUAUCAACAUUACCAGUAAUCAGUAGUGAUGGGCUGCAUAUACUACAUGUUGGUCCACAGAUAGAGGGUACAGGUCAGAAUUUAACAGAGUGUAAUUACACUUUUGAAUUUGAUCCGUUUACAAGAAAGUACACAAGUACGAUACCUGUUCAUAUCAAGCCUCACUCAUUUUACCAGAGUUCUGACAAGUUAUUCUUUAGACAACUGAAGGAUUUAAAUUUUCCAAUAUUUCAGAACUACAAUUUGCCAAUUGUUCAGAUAGGUAGCUACAUUUCCAGCCAUGAUGUAUCCCAUAGGUGUGAACUUACGGAAGGACAUGUAAAAGUGUUUGACAACUCGACACUAGAUGCCUCAGCAUAUUCAUAUUUAGAACUUUACAAAACAAAUUCUACACCCACGAUUGAGGUCCAAGUAAAAAGACAACUUUGUGGCUUUAAAAACUGCUCUUGUGCGAUUAUUGUUCGUGAAGGGAAUGACGCCGUACAAAUAGAUACAUGCGGGCAGACAACAUCAUUUAUCCCAGAAGUUACGUAUUUAUCAAACACUUCGGAAAAACACAUGAGCAUGCACCAAACAGAUGACGGAUUAUUUUUUAUCGUCACAGUAUUGUCUGGUUCAAAUAUAACAGUCAAUUUGACAGGGCCAGAGCCAGACAUGCAUGUUGUGUUGUCGAUAUUAGACCAAGACAAGAAUCCUCCUGGCGGGAUUUGUGGGAAUGCAACAUGGUUUAAUAUACCUGGUCUUGGAAAUGUUGCAGAUAAUGGUCAGAAGGAGUCAGAAUUCUUCAAAACAUGGACUUUACCACAGAAUGCAAGCAUGUUCAAAGCUGGUAUUUCUUUUGAGCAAAAUAACACCAUAAAAGAUAUCGGGUAUUGUAAAUGUGAGAAAUCGAUAAUAACCUGUGGAACCAUCAUAUAGCAAAUAAAA